AUGCCAGGCAUCAGCUUUAAAGCAGUCGUCGAAUCACCUGCGUUAAAGCAGCAGGGGCUUAGGUCUAAGUCGGGGGGGAUAUUCUCGCUCUCGGUCAAUAUUUACGGACCGCUCGAAACUGCACCCCAAGUGGGACACUCCCUCUCAGCCGAGUCUGCCUUUCUCCAGCACCCACUCUUUCUCGACAACGGGCUCAAGUACUUCAACCCCCAAAUGGUUCCGUCAGGAGGCGGAAUGGAUGACCUGACACACCUUGUCGGCCUCACCGAAGACGACUUCAAGGCAAAGGCCCUCUCGGACGAGGUGGAGCGUGUCUUGGAAUCGCUCGAUUACUUUGCCGAUCUGGGCUACGACGGACACGACCCAGUUGCCAUUGUUCAACCAGAAGCUAUUGCCAUACAACUACAAAUGCCCAAAGACGACAUUCCCUCGUACUCCACCGGAGGCAUACUGGCCGACGCCAUGGGCCUGGGAAAGACACUGACCAUGAUAUCGGCUAUUGUCUCGUCAUCUGACCAAGCAAAGCGAAAUUUUGCCAGAAGUGGUUAUGAGGGCACAUCUGACGUGUCGACAUGGCCAAGCAGGGGCAACUCUUGUCGUUGUGACACCCAUGCAUAUGCCAAUCCCGGGGCUGUGGAGGUUGGCGUAUUCCACGGCAAGAGUCGACCGAAAAAGCCCCAAGACACCAUUGACUGCGACAUUGUCCUCACCACAUACGUCACAUUGGCCAUGGACUCGCACUGGAUCAGGAACCAAACCUCGGACCAGUUCAAAGCUGCCGCAAGCCUUAGCUCCGUCCACAGAUGGUGCCUCACGGGAACUCCGAUCCAAAACCACAUCGGUGAUCUCGUUUCGCUGCUCAGAUUCCUGCACCUUGAGCCCUUUUCUCAAAGCAGUGUCUUCCGGCAACAUAUUCUCGAGCCACUAAGCAGAGACACACCGGACAGAGCCUUUCGACUCAAGGCCCUGCUUAGUUCUGUCUGCCUGCGCCGGAGCGAGAAGUUGCUCCAGCUUCCAGACUCGCGAGUGGAGCACGUCACCGUGAUGCUGCGUCCGGAAGAGAGACUGGUGUACGACGGUAUUCUUGACAAGUGCGCAAGCGGCCUGGACAACGUGGCCAGCAGCCGGGUCAAGAUCAAAAAAUACAGCAUCUUAUUUACCGCCAUAAUGAAGCUUCGAAGACUCUGCAACCACGGGACCUUCCCCGUUAGUCGCCGCGGCCUUGCAUCGGUUUUCCCCGCAGCACCGAAUGCAGAUGACGAACAGGACUGUGAUUUUUACAGCGGGGCUGACGAGGACAGCUUGGAACUUGCCAUAACGGCAGGGUUAUGUCCACAAUGUGGCAAAGACCUCUCUCCUGUGCGGCGCAGUGUGAAAGCAACCAUAAGCCACCGAAGCAACGGAAGCCUAUCUGAGACCACACCCCGUUCCGCAAGUCCGAUGGUUCAGCUUUCCUCGACAUCACAGUCCGAGGGUCUCCGAUAUUCCCUCUCGUCAAAACUACAGGCCGUCGUGGACAGGGUCGAAAGGGCCGAGUACGGGUCAAAGAGCCUCGUCUUCUCGUACUGGACGGCAACGCUGGACAUGAUCGACGAGCACCUCCGAGAAAAGCAGACCCAGUACCUGAGAAUCGACGGCAAAGUCGCAUACAGCGACAGACUCCGGGUUCUCGAACAGUUCACGAGCUCCGACGUACCGGUGCUGCUCAUGUCCAUCCAAACGGGCGCUGUCGGCCUCACCCUGAUAGCGGCCGACUACGUGCACAUAGUGGAGCCGCAGUGGAAUCCGUCUGUCGAAGAGUACACGGUGAAGGGCUCGGUUAAAGAGAACAUUGUUAACCUACAAAGGAAGAAGCGAAACCUGGCGCGGUUCACGCUAGACGGCACAGCCGACGGGUCUCCCGACAGCCUUGAUAACCUCAAGUUCGUGCUCGACUUUGACUAG